GAGAAGAGAAAGUCAUUAAUCUAAUUAAGUAUGUCAGAAGUAGUAGCAAAUUAGGAUGAUUAAACAUGUCUUGUGCAGCUAUGAAUAAGAUCAGUACUAAUUCUCAUCUGAUUGGUGCGAAAUUACUUCAUGAAGAUGUUCAUCAACUCUACAGACAGAAACAAUGUCCUGGUUGUGGACAUAAGAUAGAAAGAAAGCCGAAUUGGGUUGGAUUACCAUCUGGAGUUAAGUUUGAUCCAACAGACCAAGAAUUGAUUCAGCAUCUUGAAGCUAAAGUAACUGGGAAAGAUUCAAAAUCUCAUCCUUUGAUUGAUGAAUUCAUUCCUACUAUUGAAGGUGAAGAUGGUAUUUGCUAUACACAUCCAGAAAAACUCCCAGGAGUGACUCGAGAUGGGUUGAGUAGGCAUUUCUUCCACAGGCCAUCAAAAGCCUACACAACCGGAACAAGAAAAAGAAGGAAAAUUCAAGCACCAUGCGAUGCUCAAGGUGGAGAAACUAGAUGGCACAAGACAGGAAAAACAAGGCCAGUCAUGGUGACCGGAAAACAGAAAGGUUGCAAAAAGAUACUCGUUCUCUACACAAAUUUCGGGAAAAACAGAAAACCAGAGAAGACAAAUUGGGUAAUGCAUCAAUACCAUCUAGGUCUGCAUGAGGAGGAAAGAGAAGGGGAGCUUGUGGUUUCAAAGAUAUUUUAUCAAACUCAACCUAGACAGUGUCAUUAUUUGGAGAGGACCAGUACUGAUCAUAAUAAUAUUAAUGGUCAUUUGAAUGGAAAAAGAGAGAUUAAUAAUGGUGGAAGUAGAAGUUAUUGUUCUAACAGCAAGGAAAUGGGGGUUAACCAGAGAGAUGAUGAUGAUGAUCAGUUGGCAAUAAUGUCAUUUGGUGCUGCUGCUAUGGCUGGCUAUGGUUCUUCCAUGGGUAUUCAACAGUUAAAAUCUCAUGAUGGCUUCAAUAUACCAUUUGGAAAGAGCUAUGAUCGUGACCAGGUUGGAGUUAUAGAGACUUCGAGUUCAUUGAACGAGACAACAAUAUUACAAUCAGUCCUUCACAGAGAACGCGAUAUAUGUGAAAUCAGAAGGCCUCAUCAAGCAAUACCGGACAAAUAUAAACAACACGAUCAACCAAUAUCCGCAUCAACUAAUUUCCAUAUGAUCACUCGACCCUCAUCAAACCCCGUAUCUUCCAUCCUAUCUCCUCCUUCUCUCAAUCACGCGGAUUGCAUCGAUAUUCUCGAUCAGGAUCCAUGCGAUUCCUUCCAACUUCCAGGAAUGAUCCUCCAAAACGAGAGUUUUCAGCAACAACAUCAUCAUGGAAUGAUAGGAAGGUCUACUUCUGGACUCGAGGAACUCAUUAUGGGCUGCACUCAAUCAGACAUCAAAUCAGACAUCAAAGAAAUGAGUGCAAUAGAGCCUUGUGCAGAGAUUGAAAAGCGUGUUGCCGAUGGAAUGAAAUGA